AUGGAAGAAGACCCUCUACCUGGAUUCGUGCCGAAGCAGGCAAAACAACUGCCUAUAGACUGUAUUUGUGAAGUUGCACGUUAUUUACCAUACAAGGAACGUGCACGGAUGGAGCGAGUGUGCAAACGGUGGAGAAUUGGAAGCAGAAGCUCCCAUACUUACACCAGAACUAUAACUCCGACUAGCUGGGAAUGGAAGGACGGAUGGCACCAAAUAUUCAAUUCAGAUGGCCUAGUAUGGAUUAUUAAGAGGGGCGGAGAAUACCUAACAUCCUUAGACCUAGAGGGGGUCACGGAAAUAAAAUCCACCGCGAUCACUAUGGCAGCGAAGGAGUGUCGAAGAUUGGAGGUUCUAAAGUUAACAACCGUUAACAUUAGGGGAGGAGCAUUAAGAUCUGUGAGUGAUCAUUUGUUCGGCCUCAGAGAGCUGGAAAUCGGACAAUGUGUGGGACCUAUUGACUGGGAAAUAGAGAAAAUAAUCCUCAAAAAUUUAAACCUGCGAAAACUGAUUCUUCAAAACAAUGAGAUAACCGGAAAGGGACUGGGACACAAAACAUCGAUUAAGGAGCUCCACAUAAAGGACUGCGAUAUGGCCAGGGCAGAAGGAAUCGGAAAAUACAUCCAAUUACAAGAACACUUGGAAACACUGGUGAUUGUAAACUGCCUACAGCUAAGGCGUGCAGAACUACUAACGGCGCUGGUUGAAAACAGCCAUACUCAAGAUACAUUAAGGUCUCUUAAGAUCCACGGCGAUGGACCCAGCGAUGCGCCUCGGGAAGACCCAGAGCUAGCGGAAGGAGAAGAAAGAGGGGACUUCGUCGAGUUAGACCUUUUAGUAGCGGAACCACACUUGGCAUCAGCACUCCGGUCACUAAGUGAACUAUCAGUGACAGCAUGUGGAUGGGUGGAUGCUGACCUCAUCAGAGACAUUAGGGAAACAUUGACCAUUCUGAGUUCCCUAGAUAUCAGCAUGUGCACGAAUAUACGUGGACAAUUUUCGUUAAAACCCCUCGCACAACUAGAACAUCUGAGGAUCCUAAGGAUGAAUAACAUGCAUCCGACCGUGGGAGGAAGCUGUCUACGAGAACUGGAACUACUCGAGAACUUACAGACCAGAGAGAACCUAGGGAUCCACGAUGAGGAUAUUUGCGGGAUGCUAAGGACUAACCACGUUGUCCAACACCUCGACAUUGAAGGUUGUUGGAACAUAACCCAACAGACCAUCGCCGUAGCACGAGAGGUUGUAAGAAUGGGACACCGACAGCAGCCACUCCACCUUUAUGCCGGGGGUACGCAAGCAACACCGUCUCGGCGGGACAGAAGAAACGCCUACCUACGUUUAAGCUUUGUACGACAUGCGACGCCGCUGUUUCAGCGCGUGAGGUAA